CGGCGCAAGAAGGAAGCGUUCGCGGUGCUCCCGGCGGCUGUGCUGGGGUAUGCGGUACCGGCUAGCGUGGCUGCUGCACUCCGCGCGGCCCAGCACCUUCCGCUCCGUCCUCGGCGCCCGCCUGCUGUCCCCGGAGCGCCUCUGUGGUUUCCAAGAGAAGACUUACAGCAAGAUGAAUAAUCCAGCUAUCAAGAGACUAGGAAAUCACAUUAUCAAAUCUCCCGAAGACAAGCGAGAAUACCGUGGGCUAGAGCUGGCCAAUGGUAUCAAAGUACUUCUCAUCAGUGAUCCGACCACGGAUAAGUCAUCAGCAGCACUUGAUGUGCACAUAGGUUCAUUGUCAGAUCCGCCAAAUAUUGCUGGCUUAAGUCAUUUUUGUGAACAUAUGCUAUUUUUGGGAACAAAGAAAUACCCUAAAGAAAAUGAAUACAGCCAGUUUCUCAGUGAGCACGCAGGAAGUUCAAAUGCCUUUACUAGCGGAGAACAUACCAAUUACUAUUUUGAUGUUUCCCACGAACACCUAGAAGGUGCCCUAGACAGGUUUGCACAGUUUUUCCUGUGCCCCUUAUUUGAUGAGAGUUGCAAAGACAGAGAGGUGAAUGCAGUUGAUUCAGAACAUGAGAAGAAUGUGAUGAACGAUGCCUGGAGACUCUUUCAGUUGGAAAAAGCUACGGGGAAUCCCAAACAUCCCUUCAGCAAAUUUGGGACAGGUAACAAAUAUACUUUAGAGACUAGACCAAACCAAGAAGGCAUUGAUGUAAGACAGGAGCUACUGAAAUUCCAUUCUACUUAUUAUUCAUCCAACUUAAUGGCUAUUUGUGUGUUAGGUCGAGAAUCUUUAGACAACUUGACUAAUCUGGUGGUAAAGUUAUUUUCUGAAGUUGAGAACAAAAAUGUCCCACUGCCAGAAUUUCCUGAACACCCUUUCCAAGAAGAACAUCUUAAACAACUUUACAAAAUAGUACCCAUUAAGGAUAUUAGGAAUCUGUAUGUGACUUUUCCCAUACCUGACCUUCAGAAAUACUACAAAUCAAAUCCUGGCCAUUAUCUUGGUCAUCUCAUUGGUCAUGAAGGUCCUGGAAGUCUGUUAUCAGAACUGAAGUCAAAGGGCUGGGUAAACACUCUUGUUGGUGGACAGAAGGAAGGAGCCCGAGGUUUUAUGUUUUUUAUCAUUAAUGUGGACCUGACUGAGGAAGGAUUAUUACACGUUGAAGAUAUAAUUUUGCACAUGUUUCAAUACAUUCAGAAGUUACGUGCAGAAGGACCUCAAGAAUGGGUUUUCCAAGAAUGCAAGGACUUGAAUGCUGUUGCAUUUAGGUUUAAAGAUAAAGAGAGGCCACGGGGCUAUACCUCUAAGAUUGCAGGAAUAUUGCAUUAUUAUCCCCUAGAAGAAGUGCUCACAGCUGAAUAUUUACUGGAAGAAUUUAGACCUGACUUAAUAGAGAUGGUUCUCGAUAAACUCAGACCAGAAAAUGUCCGGGUUGCAAUAGUUUCCAAGUCCUUUGAAGGAAAAACUGACCACACAGAAGAGUGGUAUGGAACCCAGUACAAGCAAGAAGCCAUACCAGAUGAAGUCAUUAAGAAAUGGCAAAAUGCUGACCUGAAUGGUAAAUUUAAACUUCCAACGAAGAAUGAAUUUAUUCCUACGAAUUUUGAGAUUUUAUCGUUAGAAAAAGAAGCAACACCGUACCCUUCUCUUAUUAAGGAUACAGCUAUGAGCAAACUCUGGUUCAAACAAGAUGAUAAGUUUUUCUUGCCAAAGGCUUGUCUCAACUUUGAAUUUUUCAGUCGCUACAUUUAUGCUGAUCCUCUCCAUUGCAACAUGACAUACCUGUUUAUCAGGUUAUUGAAGGAUGAUUUAAAAGAGUAUACAUAUGCAGCACGCCUCUCAGGUUUGAGCUAUGGCAUUGCAUCAGGAAUGAAUGCAAUACUUCUCUCGGUGAAAGGUUACAAUGACAAGCAGCCGAUUUUGCUAAAGAAGAUUAUUGAGAAAAUGGCUACCUUUGAGAUUGAUGAAAAAAGAUUUGAAAUUAUCAAAGAGGCAUAUAUGCGAUCUCUUAACAAUUUCCGAGCUGAGCAGCCUCACCAGCACGCCAUGUACUACCUCCGCCUGCUGAUGACUGAAGUGGCCUGGACUAAAGAUGAAUUAAAAGAAGCCCUGGAUGAUGUCACCCUUCCUCGCCUUAAGGCCUUCAUACCUCAGCUCCUGUCACGGCUGCACAUCGAAGCCCUUCUCCAUGGAAACAUAACAAAGCAGGCUGCACUAGGAAUUAUGCAGAUGGUUGAAGACACCCUCAUUGAACAUGCUCAUACAAAACCUCUCCUUCCAAGUCAGCUGGUUCGGUAUAGAGAAGUUCAGCUCCCUGACAGAGGAUGGUUUGUGUAUCAGCAGAGGAAUGAAGUUCACAAUAACUGUGGCAUCGAGAUAUACUACCAGACAGACAUGCAGAGCACCUCAGAGAAUAUGUUUCUAGAGCUCUUCUGUCAAAUCAUCUCUGAACCUUGCUUCAACACCCUGCGCACCAAGGAGCAGCUAGGCUACAUUGUCUUCAGUGGGCCACGUCGAGCCAACGGCAUUCAGGGCUUACGAUUCAUCAUCCAGUCAGAAAAGCCGCCUCACUACCUAGAGAGCAGAGUGGAAGCUUUCCUAAUCACCAUGGAGAAGUCCAUAGAGGACAUGACAGAAGAGGCUUUUCAGAAACACAUUCAAGCAUUAGCAAUUCGUCGACUAGACAAACCAAAGAAACUAUCCGCAGAGUGUGCUAAAUAUUGGGGGGAAAUCAUCUCUCAGCAAUACAAUUUUGACAGAGAUAAUACAGAAGUUGCAUAUUUAAAAACACUUACCAAGGAAGAUAUCAUCAAAUUCUACAAGGAAAUGUUGGCAGUAGAUGCCCCAAGGAGACAUAAGGUGUCCGUCCAUGUUCUUGCCAGGGAAAUGGAUUCUUGUCCUGUGGUUGGAGAGUUCCCAUGUCAAAAUGAUAUAAAUUUGUCACAAGCACCAGCCUUGCCACAACCUGAAGUGAUUCAGAACAUGACUGAGUUCAAGCGUGGUUUGCCACUGUUUCCCCUUGUGAAACCACAUAUUAACUUCAUGGCUGCAAAACUCUGAAGAUUCCUCAAGGGUGGGAAAGUGCAGAAGGAUGCAUCCCUGAGCCUUCCAGGGGCUAGGAAAACAACCUCGGCCACUUUAAUAGUUUCUGGUUCACUAUUCGAGAGACAAACAGAAAAAAAAAAAAAGGAGUUUGUCAAAUGUCAUUAUGUAGAAAUAGUAAAAAUCCAAAGUAAUUAAAUUACAAAAUCUUAUAGAUGUAGAAUAUUUUUUAAAUACAUGCCUCUUAAAUAUUUUAAAAUUUUUCUUUCCAUUACUAAGAGAAAUUUCCCUUCUAUAACAGUACUUAAAAUGAUGAAUGAUAUUCCUAUAGAAUCUUCCCUUCCCUAUUCCGUAAAAUAGUCACUUGUCAGAAGACAAUAUGUUAGGUUUUUUUUUUUUCCCUAAAAGCCUCCUAGGUUGACAGAAAAGGCUUUAAAACCUUUAGAAAGGUGUAAUACCUUUUUAAAAACUGAUCCUCAAAUUUGCUUUCUACUUGGUGGUUUCAUGUAAAUCAAUGGAGAACAUUAACAUUGGGCAAAUAAUGAACAAAGCUAAAAUAAUUUUCUUUUAUUAUAAGUGAAAUUGCUGAUUACAUAAGGCAUGGUUUUAAUCUUUUUAUAAAAUUUGAACAUGUUUUUUAUUCAAACUAGUAAAAUGCUGGAAAACCCUAGAACACCCUACUUAUUUACAACAUUAGAAAUAUAGACUUACCUUACAUCAAUUUUGUCCCAAACUGAAUUUCUCAGGAUUACUGUGAUUUGUUUCUUUCUGAUUGAAUUAUUUUGACAUUCUUAUUCAUAGUUGGUUUGCAGUGUUCCAUCAGUUUUACCUUUUCCCAUCAAAAACAUUUAUUGUAUUUAUUUAAUGAGUACAAAUAGGGUCAACUUCAGAUCCCACUGAGUGUGUGACAUGCUUUUCCAACAUCAGCUAUUAUAAACACUUGUAACUUUUUACUGCCAUGAUAUUGCAGUCGGUGUAUGAACCGAAAUAUUUGCCCCAUUAUGAAUUUAAAAGACAACAAGUACAAAGCCACCUUUUUGAAGGUAUAAAAAAAUAAAGCCUUGAUUCUUAAAUAGUGUCAUCUCCAGAAGACUCUAAAAUCCCUUUUUGCUACCAGUCUAAUAUUGCCUUAAGUGUUAAGUUAUUUUUUGAAUAUAUAAAUAUAAACAUGCAAACAGA